GGGGCCAGAGGUCCCGUGGGAGGCUGAAUCAGCACAUCGCCCUUACCAGCCAGGAGCCCGGAUGUCUACAGGCGUUAAGCCGUGAAUUCAGCUGAAGCAGAAGCUUUGUGUUUCCUGGGUUCAAGGACAAGUGACAGGCAGGAGGCACCAUGAGGCUGUGGCUGAGAGGACCAGUCCUCCAGGCACUGAGAAGGGCGCGGGGUACCUGUGGGUCUCAGGGGCAGCCGCCACCUCUCCCUGUCCCUCCGAAGAUUGUGGCCACCUGGGAAGCCAUCAGCCUGGGGAGGCAGCCCGUGCCCGAGUACUUCAACUUUGCCCAUGACGUGCUGGACCUGUGGAGUCAGCUGGAAAAGGCUGGGCACCGGCCGCCAAACCCUGCUUUCUGGUGGGUUGAUGGCAGGGGGGCAGAGGUCCAGUGGAGCUUUGAGGAGCUGGGGGAGCAGUCCCGGAAGGCGGCUAACGUGCUGGGGGGCGUGUGCGGCCUGCAGCCUGGAGACAGAAUGAUGCUGGUGCUCCCGAGGCUCCCGGAGUGGUGGCUGGUCAGCGUGGCUUGUAUGCGGACAGGGGCUGUCAUGAUUCCUGGCAUCUCUCAGCUGACGGAGAAGGACCUCAAAUUCCGACUGCAGGCAUCCAGGGCCAAGUCCAUUAUCACUAGUGACUCCCUGGCUCCACGGGUGGAUGCCAUUAGCGCUGACUGUCCCUCCCUCCAGACCAAGCUGCUCGUGUCGGACAGCAGUCGGCCAGGCUGGAUGAAUUUCAGGCAACUCCUCCGGGAGGCAUCCUCAGAGCACAGCUGCGCCAGGACCAAAAGCCAAGACCCCCUGGCCAUCUACUUCACAAGUGGCACCACCGGGGCGCCCAAGAUGGUUGAGCACACCCAGGCCAGCUAUGGACUGGGUUUUGUGGCCAGUGGAAGGAGGUGGGUGGCCUUGACUGAAUCAGACAUCUUCUGGAACACGACUGACACUGGCUGGGUGAAGGCAGCCUGGACCCUCUUCUCUGCCUGGCCUAAUGGAUCUUGCAUUUUUGUGCAUGAGCUGCCCAGAGUUGAUGCCAAGGUUAUCCUGAAUACUCUGUCCAGCUUCCCAAUCACCACCUUCUGCUGCAUCCCCACUAUCUUCCGGCUGCUCGUGCAAGAGGAUCUGACCAGGUACCAGUUUCAGAGCUUGAAACACUGUUUGACCGGAGGAGAGGCCCUAAACCCUGACGUGAGGGGGAAGUGGAAGAGCCAGACAGGCCUGGAGCUGCACGAAGGCUACGGCCAGUCGGAAACAGUUGUAAUCUGUGCCAAUCCCAAAGGCAUGAAAAUCAAGGCAGGAUCCAUGGGGCAAGCGUCCCCACCUUAUGAGGUGCAGAUUGUAGAUGAUGAGGGCAACGUUCUGCCUCCGGGAGAAGAGGGGAAUAUUGCUAUCCGCGUCAGACCCACCCGGCCCUUCUGUUUCUUCCGUUGCUACUUGGACAAUCCUGAGAAGACAGCAGCGUCGGAACGGGGGGACUUUUACAUCACAGGGGACCGAGCCCACAUGGACAAGGAUGGCUACUUUUGGUUCAUGGGAAGAAAUGACGAUGUGAUCAAUUCCUCAAGCUACCGGAUCGGGCCCGUGGAAGUGGAGAGUGCCCUUGCUGAGCACCCCGCCGUCCUGGAGGCAGCCGUGGUCAGCAGCCCGGACCCCCGCCGAGGGGAGGUGGUGAAGGCAUUCAUAGUCCUUUCUCCAGCCUACACCUCGCACGAUCCAAAGAAACUAACCUGGGAACUUCAGGAGCAUGUGAAAAGGGUGACUGCUCCAUACAAGUACCCCAGGAAGGUGGCCUUUGUUUCGGAACUGCCAAAGACGGUUUCUGGAAAGAUCCGGAGGAGUAAAUUGAGAAGUCAAGAGUGGGGAAGAUGAGAGGCAACACCAGAAAGGCGCCAUCAGCCUCUGAAGCCUCUAAGAGGAACCGGUGGCACCACACAUCAGUCCCCAAGGGAAGCCUCAACCCUUCAAGUCUGUCGACAUUGGAGGCUUUCAGUUUCCCUGGGGGCAUCUCCAGAGUCAUUGGUUGGCCCUGGAAGAGAGCAGAAGAGCCUCGUCAAUCCAGCGUUCAGUGCCACUGCCCGCUCUUGCAAAUAUUUGGUGGCUUGACUUCCCCCUCUGUCUGGAGACAUCCUCGGGAUUUGCCCACUGGUCUCACUUCCUAAGAGCCUUCAGCUGGCCCUCCAAAGGGCAGGUCACCAGAGCACCUGGGCACUUGUGAUCUCACUCACCGCCAAUGGGAGAGUAAUCACUCAACCCUCUUUUCUUCUUUUUUUGCUGCCCCACAAUAUAUGGAGUUCCCAGGCCAGGAUCCAAACCAAGCUGCCAUUGCAACUUAUGCCUCAGCUGCAGCAAUGCCAGAUCCUUUAACUCACUGUGUAGGGCCUGGGGUCAAACUUGCAUCCAGGCUGCAGAAAUGUCACUGAUCCUAUUGUGCCACAGGGGGAACUCCCCACUUGACCCCUUUGAUAAAGCUAUUCGGUAAUCACAACCAGAGCCAUUGAAAAUCGGUCAGGAGUUCCCGUCGUGGCACAGUGGUUAACGAAUCCGACUAGGAACCAUGAGGAUGUGGGUUCGUUCCCUGGCUUUGCUCAGUGGGUUAAGGAUCUGGCAUUGCUAUGAGCUGUGGUGUUGGUUGCAGACUCAGCUCGGAUCCCGAGUUGCUGUGGCUGUGGUGUAGGCCGGGGGCUACAGCUCCAAUUAGACCCCUAGCUUGGGAACCUCCAUAUGCCAUGGGUGAGGCCCUAGAAAA